CGAACAAGUUCAGCUCAAGACACAAUGGACAUCCGCCUCCUCCGCCCCUCCGACAUCCCCCUCAUCCAGCACGCCAACCUCGAGAACCUCCCCGAGAACUACUUCCUCAAGUACUACCUCUACCACGCCCUCUCCUGGCCCCAGCUCUCCUUCGUGGCAGUCGACGUCUCCCGCCCCGCAAAGACCCCCUAUGACUACCCCAAGAUCGUCGGCUAUGUCCUCGCCAAAAUGGAAGAAGAGCCCACGGACGGCGUCCAGCACGGCCACAUCACCUCCCUCAGCGUGAUGCGCACCCACCGGAGGCUGGGUAUCGCGGAAAAACUCAUGAGACAGAGCCAACAAGCAAUGGUGGAAGCCUUCAACGCCCGUUACGUCUCCCUCCACGUCCGCGUCUCCAACCAAGCCGCCAUCCACCUCUACCGCAACACGCUCAAGUUCGAGACGGAAAAGACGGAGCCAAAGUACUACGCCGACGGGGAGGACGCGUUCUGCAUGAAGCUCGAUCUGGAUUUUAUCAAGCAGCAGAUUUUGGAGGCGGAGAAGGCCGAGGAUGAGCAAGACAAGAAGAAGAACAAUGGCUCGGAAGAGAAGACGAAAGAAGACCAGGACGAGGGCGAACCGGUGGGGGAUGUGGGUAGGGAUCCGGAACAGGACAAGAAGAUCAAGGUCAAGGUUGGGAGGGGGUUGGGGGUGGGGGAGUUGGUGGAGAGGGACGAGAGUAAACAUUAG